CAAAAUAAAUCGUCAGGGGUUUAUGUGCUUGCUUUUUUUGAUCCAGGUCCUACGCUGUGAAGCGAGCGUGCAACAUGGUCAGCAUCCAUUGAUUGAUGUGCGCGCUAACCAUCGUCGAGCUAAUCCCGAUGAGUGACAAGCGCUUAAGCCAAUUGCCGCGAAGGCAAAACCUCUACUCCCAUAGUAUCUUUAUUUUUGGAAACCAUAAAAAACGCUUUUCACAACGGAGAGGGUCGACCUAGCGAUCGUAAAGCUAAUAAAAACAUUCGUGGCUCCUCUCAGUCGACAAUCGUGAGGGCAGCUCUGCGUGAUUGACGGGCCCUCGUCCGUUUUUUUUUAAGGUUUCGUGACUGGAGCGAUGCAAAUGUCACACGAAUCAUCGGCGAAUGUCUUUAUUAUGCCGUUGGAGUGAGAAUUCGCCCACAUUGUUACCGUGGAAGGAAGUCGGAUACACGUUUCAGCACCCGGACAGCUCCUCGUUCUUGCUCCCUCCUCCUCGUCCUCCUCCGCGGGACUCCCACUGAGCUCGCCGGGGAAGCCCUCCGCCGAUCCGCGGCGUCAUCUCACGGCUCCGAUGGAAUUGAUGAUGCUAUCGAACAGGGCUGCAAGUGCUACCGUGAUGCCGGUCCACGAUGCGUAUCGAGUUUGAGUUUCGCCCGCGGGGAGCUUUCACUCUUCGGCCAUGUAAGUCCCACUCAGGUUUAACAUGAAAACAGAAUACACGGGGUGAAUUACAGCACAAGAACACGAGGACGGACGGAAAAGUUGCAAUAGGAAGUAUCCAUCUCUUCUCCCUCUCACCAGACGACAUGGCUAAUGCUGGGGAUGUGGAGACUGCAGCUCUGUCAGACUUGGAAGUCAUCUCACAGCAGGUGGACGAUGAGAGCCAGUGCUUGGCUCCUCCGGUCCAACUGAUGAGUUUUGGCUACAGAGACCUUCCCCUGACAGCACUGGAUCUCUCGAUGGCUGGCUCGCAGCUCCUUUCCAAUGCUGAUGAAGAUGAAGGCAGGGAAGGGUCCAAUUGGCUGAAGCCCUGCUGCGGCCGUCGAGUGGCCCUGUGGCAGGUCUGUCUGCUCAGUGCCGGCUUCAACUGUGUCCUGGUAGCCUGCGUUAUCCUGGUGGUGCUCUUCCUCUCCUUGGAGCUACUCAUUGACACCAAGCUCCUUCAAUUUACCAAUGCUUUCCAGUUUGCCAGCAUCAUCCACUGGAUCAGUUUGAUCAUCCUGUCACUUUUCUUUUCAGAGACUGUCUUCAGAAUUGUAGUGCUCGGCAUCUGGGACUACAUCGAGAACAAAGUAGAGGUGUUUGACGGUGCCGUCAUCGUGUUGUCUCUGGCCCCCAUGGUGGCCUCCACGGUAGCCAACGGGCCCAGCAGCCCCUGGGAUGCCAUCAGCCUCAUCAUCACCUUGCGCAUCUGGAGGGUGAAGAGGAUCAUCGAUGCUUAUGUGCUCCAAGUCAAAGUGGAGAUGGAGCUGGAGAUCCAACAGUGCGAGAAGACGAAAGCAGUGCGAGAGGAGCAGCUGGAGCGUCUCACUCAGAUCUGCCAGGAACAGGCCUUUGAGAUCAGGCAGCUACGGGCACACUUGGCCCAGCAGGACCUGGAUUUGGCGUCGGAGCGCGAGGUUGCUAUGCAGAUCCAUCGUGUAUGGGCCAAGCAGGGCAGGAGUGUCCAAGUUGUGGAGGGCUCGACUCCUGGAGAGUCGGACGACGAGGGAGCUCACAGGAAUCCCAGGGAGCUGCAUGCCACUGCAGAUCCAGUUGUCCGUGACGACAUGAACAACUACAUCAGCCAGUACUACAGUGAAGCAAGCAGUGAUGGCAGGACUUGUGGCUUAGGGCCCCGCGUCGUCACCACGGCCUCCAUUGACAUCCACCUCCCGACCAAUCACAUCCAGUCCAACGCCGCUCACGAUCUGAACUUGAGCUACAUCUCCCACCCCAGCUGCCCCCCUUCUUUCUCGAGCCAGGACCAGAGCACAGUGGUCCAGGAGCUCCUCUCGUCUCUUUCCGAGGACUCCUGCCUCGCUCAGAAAGGACUGACUGUGGAUCCGGUCAACCUUAAGCUCCCCAGUCCCACCGGCUCCGAGAAAGCGAGCCCAGAGAUGGACAACAGAAUAAAGGUGUUCAACCGCAGGAACCACCAGGAGAGGCGGGGCCGAGGCUGCGUCCUGCUGCAAACCAAGCCACUCAUCCACCUGCAGGGCGGCGCCGCCGAGCCCUCGCUGGAGGAGAAAUACCAUCUCCUUGGUCCGGCCGACACACCUUUGGGACACAUGCCGGACACAUAGCACACUUCCAUCUGCACUUUACGGAAACUUGAACCUCCUGAGAGCGAUACAGAAGCCCAACGCGCACAAGAGCGAUGCGGCUGAGUGCGACUGAACUGUCAUGCGGUCCGUGGGGCUCUGCAACUAGUUUUCUUGAGAGGCUGACCGCUGGCGCUCUAUUUUUUUCCGCGAUGAGAAAUUUGAAUUGCUGACGAAUGGCGUCACAACGUCACCAAUUUUAAAAUGUCAUGUUGUUUUCAUAUUUGCUUUCAACAAUGACAUUUCCAAGAGCCAGCCGGCCGCCGCCAAGACGGACCAAUACGAUAUAUAAAAUGCUGGCGUUAAUGUGUUUUACAAUGUCAACAAUAUAGUAUAUGACUAUGACCACUAACUGUAAUAUUAUUAAUACUUAGUCAUAUUGCUCUCAAAGGGUAGAAUCCUUGAAUCAUGAAAAGGCAAGGUUUGUUGAGUCUAUCACACUGUGUGUGUGUGUGUGUGCGUGUGUGUGUGGCUUAUAAGCGAAGUGUCUGCAACCAAGUAAGCGCAGUCACUAAAUAAGCUGAUCAUUGCUAAUAGCAUCUCAAAUCUACGCUUUCUACUUCAGUCGCGUUCGGUCACAUCGCUUGGUGUGCAGGGGGGUGGGGCUUUUGCUCCAGAGUCAUUCUGUGUUCACAGAGGACCUAUCAGAAACAUUUCCAAGAUCUCCAACAUUCCCCGAGCCUCCAUGAUGGAUGUGAGGAGAAAAGAUGCCCACAUCGAGCACAACAAAUACAACAACGCCCCAUCGAGGUGGACUUAUGGGAUGGGCUUGAAAUUCUGUCUUGAAGUCAGUCAGGAAAAACAGAGUGCACUACUUGGAUGAUUCAGUCUUAGUUUGCCGUCUAAUGAAGUUAACAACUGAGGAUGUACUCACACUCGGCCACUGGAAGCGUGCCUGACAUGAAGGCUCUUCAGCAUUCAGGCUUUGCCCCGUUCAAGAGUGCCAUCACGUCAUGAUAUAAAUCACUGCAACCGUUCUGAUUGGAUGAAUGAUUUCUCUUUGUUUCUAUUGUGCAAGCUGGCCGUUGCCAUGAAUAACUAGCGAGAGGAGCAUUGAUUUUAUGACAACUUCAUUGCCUGUGUGCCUAAGCCUUUUUUUUCUCUAUGGGUUAUUUUAAGUCAUUCUAUUUAUUUUUAUUGUGCAGAGUGGUGAUUCUUUCUAUCGAUGAUCACAUUAUUCAUGAGACUUGCACAUCGUGACGGCGAGGCAAAGACUGAACGUGGCAUGAUUUUUUUUGUUGUUGUUGGUGCCUGCACUUGCCCAGCGGUUACCAAACCUUUGCUCUGGAAUUUUUGAGUGGAUUAUUUUGAAUCAUUUUGUUGAUUUCUUUCGUGCACUGCAGCAGUUAUCAUGAAUAACUGGCGAGAGGAGAAAUUCAUUGUAUGAAACGCGUGCCUUUGCAUCAUCGCACAAUUCGUGCAUGUGUUUUCUUUUGGACUCAUGAUUUCACGUUAGGGCAGCCCGGUAGUCCAGUGGUUAGCACGUGGGCUUCACAGUGCAGAGGUACCGGGUUCGAUUCCAGCUGCGGCCUCCCUGUGUGGAGUUUGCAUGUUCUCCCCGGGCCUGCGUGGGUUUUCUCCGGGUGCUCCGGUAUCCUCCCACAUUCCAAAAACAUGUGUGGCAGGUUGAU